AGUAUGCCUCUACUUGCUUUUUUUUCUUUGCUUUAUUAUGUCAUUGUUUUGUCUUUAAUAAAUUCCUCAGUUUCCAGAUACACCUCCUCAGCUGCAACAGGAAUCAGAGACUGUUUUCUCCAAAACAGCUUUGAGCCAAGCUUUGUUGCCAAAGGUGACUUCAUUAUUGGAGGGAUUUUCCCCCUUCAUUAUAACCAAGAAAUGCCUGAUCAGAACUACACCUACCGACCACAACCAGUAAAGUGCAAUGGAUUUGAUCCAAGGGCUUUCCGUUGGGUUCAGACUAUGAGGCUAGCAGUGGAGGAGAUAAACCAGAGCUCAAAACUACUGGCCAAUCAUACCCUGGGAUAUAAGAUUUUUGAUUCAUGUGCAUAUCCACUGACUGGUCAGAGGGCUGCUCUGGCUGUGCUAAAUGGGCUUAGUGAGGAAAACUCUCCCAUGUGCACAGGUGCCUCUCCGAUGCUUGCUGUCAUUGGAGAAUCAGGAUCUGCACAGUCCAUUGUGGUUUCAAGACUCCUGCAAGCAUUUAGAAUCCCAAUGAUCAGCUACUUCUCAUCGUGUGCCUGCUUUACUGACAGAAGGAAACAUCCCACGUUUUUCAGAGUCAUUCCUAAUGAUGACUACCAGGUGAAGGCCAUUGCUCAACUUCUGGUACACUUUAACUGGACUUGGGUUGGGCUUAUUCGAGGAGAUCAUGAAUAUGGACGCUUUGCAGUGCAAGGCUUACUGCGGGAACUGGAGGGCAGCAAAGUCUGUGUGGCUUACCAAGAAAUGAUCCCUCUGCUCUACAGCACACAAAGGGCAAUGGAAAUUAUACAGGUAAUGCGGAGCUCUUUGGCAAAGGUAGUGGUGGUAUUUUCAGCUGAAGGGGAAAUGACACCUUUCCUGAGAGACUACAUGAUGCAGAACAUUACUGGAAUCCAAUGGGUGGCAAGUGAAGCCUGGAUCACAGCAUCUGUCUUUACAGGAAGAGAAUUUUACCCCUACCUGGGGGGCACCAUUGGGUUUGGCAUCAGAAAAGGUCAUAUUGCUCAACUCAGUGAAUACCUGCAAACAAUCAACCCUAAAAGAUAUCCCAAUAAUUCUCUGGUGGGUGAGCUUUGGGAGGCUCUGUAUGGCUGCAGUCCUUUUGCAUCCUUUGCCAACAAAUUGGCCUUGUGUUCAGGGAAAGAGGUCUUGUUGGAACAGCACUCAGCCUACACAAAUACGUCGAGUCCUAGAGUGGCUUACAAUGUCUACAAGGCUGUUUAUGCAGUUGCCUAUUCCCUGCACAACCUCCUUCUUUGUCAACCUGGCAAUGGGCCUUUUAAAAAUAAUUCUUGUGCUCAGAGCAACCAUAUUCUACCCUGGCAGCUUCAGUAUUACCUGCAAGAAGUCAGGUUCAAAAUUGCUGGAGAGGAGGUCAAUUUUGACCUGAAGGGUGACUCAGUACCAUACUAUGACAUUAUCAACUGGCAGAGAGGCGCAACUGGAAACAUUGAGUUUGUUAACGUGGGAUUGUUCGACGGAACUAAGCCUUAUGGAGAAGAGCUGCUGAUCCAGGAGGGAAGAAUAAUAUGGGCAGGUCAUCAGAGUGAGGUGCCAGUGUCUGUCUGCAGUCCCAGCUGCCCUCCAGGUUUCAGGAAAGCUGUCCGUCGUGGGCAGCCUGUAUGCUGUUUUGACUGUGUACCAUGUGAUAGUGGCAAAAUUAGUAAUCAGACAGAUUCAUUAGAGUGCAUGUUUUGUCCUGAAGACUUCUGGUCAAACCAAGAGAGAACAGCAUGCAUCCCCAAGAGGGUGGAGUUCUUGGCCUAUGAUGCGUUGGGUAUACCUCUGACAGUCAUCUCAGUAGUGGGUGCUUCGCUGACUAUUGGUGUUUUUGUUGUGUUUUUCUACCAUAGAAAUACAGCAGUUGUUCGAAUGAAUAAUUCAGAACUCAGUUUUUUAAUUCUGUUUGCCCUAAUACUGUGUUUCCUAUGUUCUCUUGUUUUUAUUGGAGAACCCACAGUCUGGUCAUGCAUGCUUCGUCACACUGCCUUUAGCAUUACAUUUUCACUUUGCAUCUCCUGCAUCUUGGGAAAAACCCUGGUUGUUUUGGCUGCUUUCACUGCCACCAGGCCAGGGGACAACAUUAUGAAGUGGUUAGGACCCAAGCAGCAGCGUGUCAUUAUUUUCAGCUGCACUCUUGUACAGGUAGUUAUCUGUGCCUCCUGGCUAAUUGAUGCUCCCCCUUAUCCAAUACGAAAUACUAAUUAUGAGCGCUCAAAGAUUAUACUAGAGUGUAGUGUUGGGUCAAGCUUUGCCUUUUGGUGUGUUUUAGGAUACAUUGGUCUCCAGGCAUGUCUUUGCUUUUUGCUGGCAUUUCUGGCUCGCAAGUUACCUGGAAACUUCAACGAGGCCAAAUAUAUAACCUUUAGCAUGUUAAUCUUCUCCACUGUGUGGCUUGCUUUCGUUCCUGCUUAUAUAAGUGCCCCCGGAAACUAUGCAGAUGCAGUUGAGUCAUUUGCCAUUUUGGCCUCCAGUUUUGGAUUAUUGUUUUGUUUGUUUGCUCUCAAAUGUUACAUUAUUCUGCUGAAACCAGAAAAAAAUACAAAGCAGCACCUUCUAGGUAAAGAAUAAAUGUAAAUCACACCUUUUUAAAAAUAAGUUCUUGACAUUUCUAAUUAGUAAUGUUAGUUUUUCAAGAAUCUUUUCAGUCUAUUUCUAAUCCAUUAAAAUUGUUUUAUCAUUUAUUGUUGGUUCAAUGUCUAUUUGUUUUAACCAGGGUAAUGUGAUAUUAAUUAUGUGAGUGACAA